GUUCAUGUAAACCCCAAGGAAAGGGUUAACUAGCAAUGUGAUUAUCCCAUCUUGUGAUCCCAUUUCCAGCCAUGAAAGAAGGUUUUUAUCUGUGCAGAAAGGCUCAUAUAUGCAGACUGCUUCAGUACAGACUCUGCUGGAGCUGCAGACCCUGUGUCAGGAGGUGGAUCCGCUCAUGAUGUGUCCUGAUGCCGUGGUGGAGGAGCAGUGAAGAGUGUGAGAGCAGUGAUAUGGAGACCGGGCCCUCGGCCCCCGGCGGUCCUGCUGUGGUCCUGGGCCUCCAGAGACUCUCUUUUGCCUACCAGAGCCUCUUAGAGAUCCCCUACGACACCAUCCUUCAGCAGCAGGACACUCUGGAGGUUCUGGACCUCAGUUACAACUCGCUGGAUGAGAACCCGGCUCUUUUGGGCAGUUUGGAGAAGCUCAGCACACUCAUCCUGGACUGCAAUAACUACAGCGCGCAUGUUAAGUUCCCCUACAUGCCCAGCCUCACCACCCUGUGGAUCAACAAGAACAAAAUCAGCAACCUGCCCAUUAUUGUGGAGGAGAUCUGCUGCAAGUUCCCAAACAUCAAAAUUCUCAGUAUGAUGAACAAUGAAGCGGCACCCAGUUACUUUAAUGGAGGCAGUCUCACGCAGUAUAUGGAUUACAGGCAGUAUGUGAUCAGUCAGAUCCCGGGUCUGGAGGUGCUGGAUGACACAGAAGUGCAGGAGAAAGAGCGUGAAGUGGCCCGAAAGACCUACCGGAUGCAGAGAAUCAGAGAAGGCAGCCGGAGGAGGAAGGAGCUUCAUCGCUAACACUAUUCACUUCACCACAAGCCAAGCCACCUGCAAUCCACAACAACCACAGCACUCCUUCCAGACUUCAUGAGCUUCAAAGCCUUUACUCAUGCAUCAGAUCAUAUUCAAACUUGGAUUUGAAGUUACAACAAAUAAAUGUGAAAUGACCCCAGAAAUAUUUUAAUAUUUUGGCAUGCAACCAGUAACUGUCGGGGUUAUUUGUUGCCAGGGUUAAUGAACUAUAGGACUAUCAAAUGGAAGAAUACAAUGAAAGUAUGUAUCUUCAUAUUGCUGUUACCACCAUUUUAUAAAAGUCAGAAAUAGAACAAACAGAAUAGCAAUACGAGAAUAAAAUCAUACGAUUUUGAGAAUAAAGUCCAAAUUCUAAGAAUCAAGUCAUAGCAUUAUGAGGUCAGUCAUAAUAUUUUUAGAAUAAAGUCAAAAUUACAAGUAUCUUCAUAUUGCUGUUGCCAUCAGUUAAUGCGAGUUACAUAAUCAGAUUACUCUUUUCAGGUAACUUAAGUAACACGUUGCUUUUUAAUUUAAAAGAAAAUAUCUAAAAAGUAAUGCAAAAGUUAGUUUCUAUAAAAAGCAACUAACACAAUUACAUUUUUGGUGAUAACUCAAUAUUUUAAUGAAAAAAUU